CCAGUCGAGCAAUUGUGUUUAUUACUGCUCUAAAGAAAGUAACUGUUUAGUGCACAACUUCCUUUGGAAUAUACGAAUACAGUGUUUAAAUAUAUUUUUUAAAUAAACAAAAGUUCUCCAUUGAUAGCGGUUACCCUACAUCAUGCCCCUGCUCCAUUUUAAAGCUUCUUAACACUUUGCUGCUGAAGCUUCAUAUUUGGUUACCAAUAGUUGGCUAUAAAUCAUUAUAAUUUGUUUGGCCUGGAUCAAUAUGAUUUUAGUACGUAGCUUCUGCAUUUUCUUUGUGGCUCUAUGUUCUUUUCUUUCUUGCAUCAAAUCAGAGGAGUCGGACAUGUUGAGUGAAGCAAUCAAAAAUGCCAUUUCUCCUGACUUAUCUAAAUAUGACAGCGGCAAAGUGCCCUGUUCGCCACGCCCCCUUAAUAUAUCAGUAAAUGUAUUCAUUGAGAGUUUACGCGACAUCACUUCCCAAUGUGUGGUUGAUUUUUACUUGCGACAGUCAUGGGUAGAUUGUUACAUAGCAGACUCUAUAAACUACUCUUCCACUUCCACAACUACCACACCCGUUCAGUUAGUUCUUCAGCCGGGAGAUUUCACCGGCUUCACAUUCCAAGAGCAGAAGGUCUGGCUGCCCGACUCCUACUUUUUCCAGGUGCGCCAAGCAGACAUGGGCCUUGGUCCCAUGCAACAUUUCAUCAGAGUUGACAAGUACGGAUCUGUUCUCCUCAGUCAGAAGGUGAAGCUGGUGACUCCGUGUGAGAUCAACGUCGCCUACUUCCCCUUCGACGUCACUCAAUGCACAGUGGUGUUCACGAGUUAUGGACACACAGAUGCCUCCAUUGUGUACUCGUGGGACGACAACGGAGUUAUGCUCCCAGGGGACAACCUGGACGACAAUGGAUUCCAUUACAUCUACGCACACCUAUCCACUAGGACGGACGUGUUUGACGUGGGAAAUUUCUCAACCAUAGAGGCGCGUCUCUUCUUCGAGAGGAGAUACAAUGUGUUCUUCGUCCACGUGUACAUCCCGGCUGCUCUGAUUGUGCUGCUGUCUUGGAUUGGGUUCUACAUCCAGAGAAACGCCACACCUGCCAGGGCCUCAAUUGGGAUUACGACUGUGCUGACAAUGUUGACGCUGGCUUCUGAGAGCACGAACAAAUACGACAAGAACAUCAGCAACACCAUCAACGCCAUCAACAUCUAUGUCUGGGUUUGUUUCGCUUUCGUCAUCCUCGCCAUGGUCGAGUUCGCCCUAUCCGACUACUUUAACAAACCCAGAUACCAUAAGAAAAAGCAACGCAUCGUCAAGAACAAAGAAAAGGAAAAAGAAGAAAAGGAAAAAGAGAACGAGAAAGCAGAUUCAUUGUUGGGCGGGGUUGCAGGGGAUUUUUGUAUAGGCAAUCAAAUGAACCCUGGUUUCGUAUACACCAACUCAAAUUCCAUCAGGCAGUUAAGGACCCGGAUACCAAUGGCAGCAGCAGAAAAUGGAAACGACUCAACUGCCCCUAGAAUAUGUUUGACUUCGGGAAGACCUGCUGUCAACGCUCUUUUUCCAGCCCACGCUCGUCGGUCAGAGUCACAGGGCAUGGCUGUGGAGAACGAACCCCUCAAUGGAUCUGCCAAACCACCGGGAGGUGAAGCUGGGGGAGCCGCAGACAGGCCACCCCGUACACGCAAACUGACACUAGCCAACCUUGCACACCGAAUGAUUGAGGCUCGGGUGAAGGAGGUCCCUCGCACUGUCGAUAAAGUGUCCAGGUAUUUGUUCCCAAUUGCGUUCCUCAUCUUCAACGUGGCCUAUGCCACCUAUUAUGCCAUAUGCAUCCAUAUGUACAGACAACACCUGAGGGAGAAGAUGGCACAGCUGCAGUAACAGCAGCAGUAACAGCCGCAGCUGCGUGAACACCACAAACAUCCGAGACGCCAGCAGACAACCCAUCUUGUUGAUUGCCGCCUGUGACUCAUCAAAACUAUAUUCAAUGUUUUGGAAAAUAUUGCCGCACCGAAUCAUUCUUGAAUCAUUCAGAACUAUUGAUCGAAAAACAAAAACGCUUAUGUUCCAAGUCCAUAUGCAGAAAAACACUAGGUGGUACCCCUAAGACGCUUAAUUUUAGUCAGCCUACAGUACCCCUUGUUAAUGGAUCAGCACCAAAACUCAUCAAAUCAGACAAAAAUACUGAUAAGAUGGUCAGCCAUCCAAACUGUGUGAAGCAUUUACAUUACUUUCAUACUCUGUGACCUUGAAAGUAGGCAUUUUAUUAGAAACAAACAGCUGCAGCAACUUCACUUGCCAAUUUUUGUUUCUAAAUUUUAUAAAAAGAAGUAAUUUGGUCAGAUGCAGA